UUUGACAGAACUGCAAGAAGAGAUCGCGACAGACUCUAGAAGAUACAUCCGACACACACUGCGAAGCGCGAAUGAUGGGGGUAACACGACCGCCACUGCCACUGCCACCACGACCGGUACUGACCCCAAGGACACCAAGGAGCCGACCAAAGCCUCCCCUUCUCCACCGACCGAGAAACUCAGGCAUGCACAGAUGACCCUGAACGCCCUCGCUGCAGAGAAGAUCGUGCUCGCGACGCGCAUCGUCGAGCUCAUAUCGCGCGCACGUGCUCGGCUCGAACACGAUCUGGGCCGCGUGCUGGUGUUGCAGGGCGAGCCAGACCCGGCGGCUACGGUGAGCGCGCCGGCGCUUGCUGCGAUUGGCGCGGGGACGACGGGCGUCAAUGCGGAGUAUGUCUUGGGCGGACGUAAUCCUGCGCAACAGAUUACAGAGAGUCUGCGUAAUGCGUUUGCGGGCGGAGCGGGGAUUGCGAGUGGUGGGAGUGGUGUGGGUGUUGGGGCCGGGGCUGGGAUGAAUAGGAUGGCGGUGGCGGUGGGAGGGCCGGAGUUUGGGGGAGCACAGAAGAAACGUAAGCUUAACACCCUUCAAGGCUCUAUCAAGUUACCGUCGCCGGCACCUGCCUCUCUGUAUAACCCUGCGUUGAACCACCACGGACGAGGCCGUCGUCGGCGCGCAAGGGAUGCAUCCUCCGAUAACGACGCGGAUGACUAUGACUUUGGUGAUGAAGGUAUGGGAGAGGAGGAGGGUGAGGGCGGAGAAGAAGGUGGGGAGGGAGAGGAAGUGGAUGACAAAGCUCUGUAUUGCUUCUGUCAGAAAUUGAGUUAUGGGGAGAUGGUCGCGUGCGAUAACCCAACUUGUCCGUAUCAAUGGUUCCACUUGCCAUGUGUAGGUCUAAAGCCACCACUUCCAGAAACGUUUUUCUGUUCGGAAUGUACGAGACGUGGCAUGGGCGCACCUACGGCAUCGGGGCCAGGUCGCAAGGGACGAAAGAAGUAAAUGGCAGCCAGUGGGUAGGAUGCAGGGAUAUAUGCAAUGUAUUAUGAAGGUCAUGGGCGAAGGGAGGCCGGUAUCAUAUUGUUGAAGAUAAGAUAAAUGGGGACUGGGGAUAGAUUAGGAGGUAGUUGUGAUACGAUAGCGAACAGAGGGGGAUCUCCGAGAAGGUGAAGCCAGUCAUAGGUGAAAGAAGAGAGGCGUAUGAGGAGAGCGGGGAAAUUCCGAGAAGGUGAGAAGAGAAGGGAGUGAUAAGAAGACAGGAAGGUUCGGGCGGCAGCGAGGAACUGGAUGGGUAAGCUCAGCUGAGGUCUAUCUAUUGAGGUUGUAGCCGGAGAUUGUUCUGCCACGGACAUCGGUUGGAGACGUGUAUUUGUAUGAUUUGUCUAUUGACCGUGCUGUCCGCCCCUCCUCGUCCACCCAUACGCCGUCGAGCGUCCACUUAUACCCCACGCACGUGCCAUGUCAUCGCCACCUGACUUGUUGCGGGCGAGGCGCUGUGGUGGUGGGGGAAUGGAACGAUGUUUGAAGGUUCUAUCUUGGAAAGGAGCAUUGGGGAAAACAAGAGACGAGUAUCGCGGUCCUCGGACGUUGCUCACCAGCGUUGUUGUGCGUGCUUCCAUUUGCAGUGCCCUAAACGUUGAACCAUUGUCGGCGUCCAACCUUAGUACUAGUACCCUCCCUUGUUAUCACAUUCACACGCAUAAUUAACUGGGUCGUGAAAUGUAUUGUAUUGUAUCUCCUUAUUGUAUACUACUACAUCCGUCCAUUCCUGGCAGUCUGAGCGCGACCAUGCUUUCUCGUGUGUGCUGUCAAACUGAAUGCUGCUGUCAUACUCGAAUCCUGUGCCAGAGAGCCUGACUGCAGAGCCUGCUGUGACCCAAAAUAAGGUUGUUCUGCAGGAGGAGGCGUCAGGUUUAGCUUUCGCUUUAGUCGUGUCCGUAACAGGACCUCGAACACGUUGAGUGUCCAUGACAGGGAUGACAUAUCGCAGUCAUAUCGCCUGGAUGGUACGCGAGAGGGCUUAUGUGGAUGGACCAAGCUGUUUUUGGGUCAUGUGUAGUAUGUGCUUCCGCGCUCGCGAUUGGGUUGGGUGAACUGUUCUAGUGGGCUGAGCUUACUGCAUGCCUGUUCAGGAGAAUUCAUACGGAGAGCUGUACGUUGACUGUGGUUGAUACUAUUGCCC